GAUUAGGAUCGAACCGAAGUUAGCGAAUGCGCUCAGAGGGGAUGAAGAUAUAAACACGGACACUGCAAGAGCUGCGGUGAUAGCGCGCCUGUGCUCCUUCCAUCAAAAGACGUAUAUGAAUUUUGAAGAAUGCGCUCUUAUCAUGCUGCGAGAUCCAGUUGAUAUCGAGGAAUAUCUUUCCCAAGCGAUUGCUGAGCUGCCAGGAUGCCAAAGCUGGCAUAUGAAAAUCGAUAUUAUUAGGAAGCUAUGUUGAUUGAAUGCUGUGGGAGGAAUCGAAUGAUGAGCUGCGCAGCAUAUUUGGGUUCGUUGUAGUAUCUGAGUGGGUUGAGUAUGUCGGAGAUAUACCAGAGCGAUCAGCCAUUUCAAAUUUAUGUAUACGAUGUUGCGCGAAAGAGAAAAAAUACCCCAAAAAACUACAAAACAAAAGGGGGGGGAGGAAAAAAAAACCCCUGAGAAUACAGGAUCCUGCCCACCCAGGCUUUUCGUCUGAAGAGUAGCCUUGACUCGAAAAUGAAAAACAGAGAAAAGAUAGCAAACGGGAACAAGAUUCUGACUGGCCAGCUCAGCCACGCCUGCUACCCCGGAUUAGUCUGCGCUGAAGCCAACACUCAGAGUCUUUCGCUGGCUGUAGGCGACGAGUGGAAGCCUGUAGGAGAUGGUGCUGUUGCGCUUAACUGUUCGGGGAGUAAUCGUGGACAAUGAGAGGAACGCAGUAAGGAUACUUGUUUUGUUGUGGUAGCGGUCG